GAGAGGCGCACUGCCCUGUGACGUCGCGAGCGAGCGAGGGACAGUAACGUUACCGAGAGCGCGAGGAAGCGGAGGGAGGCUCCGCGAGCCGUCGUCGUCCGUCGUCUGUGUGUAGCUACCGUGUUUCUUUUUUGCCGGUAUUACAUCAUAUAUAUUCAGUCCUGACUGGCUUCCACAGAGGAUACUCUCAUGAGCCGUUUAAUUCCCAUCGAUAUUUGGUAUUUAUUUUUUACCUGCAAGUCUUUUAGGCGACGGAAUCGUGGCAAGUACGCUAGCGUCUGAUGUUCGUACGAUUUGCGAAAAACGACAGUCCGUCGGAGGUGUGUAAACAGUAGUGUGUCAACGUUUACGUCAAUCACAAUCGCUUCUUUUUUGCGUGUGCGAUUUGUUGUAUUUGUUGUCAGUCGUUGUAAUCGAGCAAUACGUUUACGCGAAGCACAACUGAAUAUCUUGUUUUCUGAUUAUUAUUAUUUUUUGUUAUUUAAAAAACAUUCGACUGUUAUUUAAUCGCCUGAACAUUUAAAAGCAAUUGUGCAAGGUUAAUCUCGCACACAAGCGACGCACGCAAUAUUAAUCGUACAAGAGCAAUUUUACGCGCACGGAGACAGAAGUUUAAUACGAAGCUGUGCGUAGUGAACGCCUAGCGCGAGCAAUUAAAAGAGCAUAUUUAUUUACCUGUCGUCUUACUAGUACGCACACGCACACACACACACACACACACGUUGGCUAUAUCAAGCAUCCCUCAAGGACCAUCUCCACAGACCGUACCCAAAAGAGCCUGCACGACGCAGUGGAAGAAUGGCCCUCUCGUUUAUUCUGUCGCUACUCCUCUGGUCUUUUUCACUUGCCGUGGCCUCCCGUAAUAUAACCGAAGGUUGUGCUAUCAUUCGCCCGCCAAGAGACGGAGGGAUCAGAUACAGGGGUCUGACUCAGGAACAGAUCCGCAGUGUUCAGGUGUUGCCGGUGGAUUAUGAAAUCGAGUAUAUCUGCAGAGGGAACAGAAUGAUCGUGGGACCAAAGGUCAGGAAGUGUCUCCCUGACGGCACAUGGACUGACCUGAACCAGCGCAGCAAAUGCUUGCUGCCGUGUGCGAGGGUGUGGACAUCUCUGGAGAACGGCCGUGUGACGGUUCACCCUCCAGGCCCAGCGGUGGAGGGCACGAUACUGCACUACAGCUGUCUGGAGGGUUUCAUCUUGGUGGGCAGAAACAGCACUCAUUGCACUAAGCUGGGCAAGUGGGACUCACCCAAACCUGUCUGCCACUAUGACAGACAUUAUACAGGCAAGAAGAAACUCUACAUCGGAGCCCUGUUCCCGAUGAGCGGCGGAUGGCCGGGUGGCCAAGCUUGUCUCCCUGCUGCCCAAAUGGCCCUGGAUCUGGUGAACAAGAGAACGGAUAUUCUUCCGGAUUAUGAGCUUGAAUUAAUCUACUAUGACAGUAUGUGUGAUCCCGGUGAGGCCACAAAGCUGCUGUAUGACCUGCUGUACACGGAGCCCAUAAAGAUCCUCCUGAUGCCAGGUUGCAGCUCUGUGUCCACACUGGUGGCCGAAGCUGCGCGCAUGUGGAACCUCAUAGUGUUAUCCUAUGGAUCCAGUUCACCAGCACUCUCCAACCGUCAGCGUUUCCCCACCUUCUUCCGCACGCACCCCUCAGCCACAUUGCACAACCCCACCCGCGUGCAGCUCUUCCAGAAGUGGAAGUGGACCAAGAUCGCCACCAUCCAGCAGACCACCGAAGUCUUCACCUCUACUCUGGAUGAUCUAGAGCAGAGGGUGAAGGAGGCAGGCAUUGAGAUCAGCGUGAGGCAAAGUUUCCUCACGGAUCCUGCUGUGGCCGUCAAGAACCUCAAGCGGCAAGAUGCUCGCAUCAUUGUGGGACUGUUUUACGAAACGGAAGCCAGGAAAGUGUUUUGUGAGGUCUAUAAGGAGAAGCUGUAUGGGAAAAAGUAUGUGUGGUUUCUGAUUGGCUGGUAUGCUGACAACUGGUUCAAAAUCAAAGACCCAUCCAUCAACUGCACUGUGGAGCAGAUGACAGAAGCUGUGGAGGGUCAUGUGACCACUGAGAUAGUCAUGCUCAAUCCGGAGACAGUGCGAGGGGCCUCUAACCUGACCUCACAGGAGUUUCUAGCACAGCUGAUGUCCAAACUGGGUGGGAAGAAUCCUGAGGAAACCGGAGGGUUUCAAGAAGCUCCUCUGGCGUAUGAUGCAGUUUGGGCCCUGGCUCUGGCUCUCAAUAAGACAGUGGGGCCUUUGAAGGCGAAGGGACGGAGAUUGGAAGAUUUUAAUUACAAUAACAAGGACAUUACUGCGGAGAUCUACCGAGCCCUCAACACCAGCUCCUUCGAGGGGGUUUCGGGUCAUGUGGUGUUUGACGCCCAGGGCUCCAGAAUGGCAUGGACCCUCAUUGAACAGCUGCAAGGAGGAAGCUACAAGAAGAUUGGAUACUUCGAUAUGACCAAAGGCAAUCUCUCAUGGUAUGGGAAUGACAGGUGGAUAGGCUCUGGUCCACCUGCUGACCAGACGGUGGUGAUUCAGAAGUUCAGAUAUCUGUCACAAAAACUCUUCGUCUCGGUGUCUGUUUUCGCUGGCUUGGGCAUUUUAAUGGGGAUCGUUUGCCUCACCUUUAACAUCUACAACAGCAACGUCAGGUACAUUCAAAACUCCCAGCCGUACCUGAAUAACAUGACGGCAGUGGGCUGUAUGAUGGCUCUGGCUGCUGUUUUUCCUCUGGGAAUUGACGGACUGCAUGUACGCAACUCUCAGUUUCCUGUGGUCUGUCAGUUCCGUUUGUGGCUGCUUGGACUUGGCUUCAGUUUGGCUUAUGGAAGUAUGUUCACGAAGAUCUGGUGGGUUCACACAGUGUUCACAAAAAAAGAUGAGAAGAAGGACAAGAGAAAGCAGCACCUGGAGCCAUGGAAGCUCUAUGCCACCGUGGGAGCCCUGCUGGUUAUCGACAUCCUGUCCCUUAUGAUUUGGCAGAUCGUGGAUCCCCUGCACAUCACAGUGGAGAAGUUCACUAAAGAAGCACCUAAAGGUGACGUGGAUCAGUUGAUUGAGCCUUUGCUGCAGCACUGCAGUUCAGAGAAAAUGAACACAUGGCUUGGUGUCGUUUAUGGCUAUAAGGGUUUGCUGCUGCUUCUGGGGAUUUUUCUGGCUUAUGAAACCAAAUCUGUGUCCACUGAAAAAAUAAACGAUCAUCGAGCUGUUGGGAUGGCCAUCUACAAUGUCUCUGUGUUGUGUAUGAUAACGGCUCCCGUCACCAUGAUUCUGUCGUCUAAGCAGGACGCCUCGUUCGCCUUCGCCUCGCUGGCCAUCAUCUUCUCCGUCUAUAUCACUCUGGUUGUGCUCUUUGUCCCUAAGAUGCGGAGGCUUAUCACUCGUGGUGAGUGGCAGUCAGACCAGCAGGAGACCAUGAAGACCGGCUCAUCCACAAACAACAACGAUGAAGAGAAAUCCCGCCAGCUGGAGAGAGAGAACAAAGAGCUGCAGAAGAUCAUCCAGGAGAAGGAGGAACGUGUAUCAGAGCUGAGAAACCAGCUGUCAGAGCGACAGGCCCUGCGCUCCAGGAAACGCCCCACCUCCUCCAAUCAGAACCACAGCUCUCCAUCUCUCCCCGCUCCUCAGAACGAUCCCAAAUCUCUCCUCCCGCCACCAGGAUACCCCCUCCCUGCCUCUGACAACCACUCCCUCCCUCCCACCUUCUCCAACUCCUCCACCCUCUACCAGCCCGACGGCAAGAUCAACCGCAACAACUGCCACCCCGGCCGACUGCAGCUCCUCUACAAGUGAACCUGGAGGAACUGGGAUGAAAUGCUAGUGGGGACUCAGCGAACUGAAAAGGGGGGAGAAAAAUAAGCUACCUUGAUUCGCGGACUGCAAUUUUCCCCAUCUCCGCCCAGCAGACGGCCUUGUUUGUUUCUUUUGUUUCCGACACUUGCUGUGAUUCAUGGGAGGUUAUACACAGGAGGCUUGAGAAUCUGGCUUUGAUUUCAUGUGUCACCAUAUUUGAAAACCACACAUGCUGUGAACCAUUACACCGUUCAAAUGAGUAACCCUCGGAAAAUUGUGGAUGAACAAUGACAAGCUAAAAACGUCCUUACAAAAACAUCAUGAAUUACACUAAAUGUUCCCAUUAUUAUUCCCAUAUUUUCUACAAUUCAAUCAGGUCAUCUAAAUACAGCAAGCUGGCGGCCAACGUCAGGCCAUCAUAGAGCAUCAAUCAGCCUAGUUUUUCUGGUGUGUUCAACACCAUAGGCACUAGACCUCAUUGGGGGAUUUUUGGCCAGUUGAGCAUGUUGAAUCAAUGUCUGUUGGCAUCAGCGCUGACUGUGAGAGAGAACUCUGGCUGUUCGGUUUUACUAACAAGUGCAUGAGAAUAAUAGCAAAAGUGAUGAAAGCAAAGAAGUCAAGAAGGCACAGACAGAAAGAAGGCUGUUCUCAUUUUUUGCCAUCUUACCUGAGCAUCCAAUAACCAAUAUAUUUUCUAAUUUUUCAUCUGGAAUUAAAAAUAUUAUCAACAUUAUUCAUAUUUAUAAUGGCUUUGUUUGUGUAUAUGCAGUCCUAGUUCUGGUUUCCUUUUCUGAAUUACAAAUACAGACUAUUAAUACCUGCUGUUAUGGACAGUUAUUUUCUCUCAUGUAGGCACAGAAUGUACCUGCUAGCGCAACUUUUAGCCAAGAAGCACGAACAUGAGGCAACAACAGUCAGCUUUCGUCACUGCUAGUUCCUGUUUGGUGUGUCAAGGCCUUAAGUUUGAACUCUGAUACUGCAUUAGAGAGACUGACCGAUUCACACACAUUUGGUGCAGUGUCAGUCGCGAUCACAUUUUGAUAUCAUGACAUAUCUAACUGCAAUAUAUGUAUCGCGAUAUGUAUCAUAUAGUGAAGAUGUUCCAUCACAGUCUGCCAAGUGCUCGAUAUGCAAUCGCGAGUCAGUGUUGUAACGAUAUGGUACAUUAUUUACAUUCAUUCAUUUGGAGAACUCUUCUCUCCCGUGCAUUUUACAGUACAUCUGAAGUUUGCAUUUUGUCAGUAUGUGUUCCCUGGGACCUUAGUGUUGCUGGCAUCAUACUUGAACUGCAUUUGAUUUCUGAAUACUUCAUAUCCUGUUGUUAAUCUACCCAUUUUCCAAUUUCACCAUGACCUCAUAAACAUUCUUUCCCUGAUGUGCAGCUGACAGUAUUACGAAAUUUCUUGUGAACAAGAUCAACAGAUUUAUAGUUUCCUGUUUUAUUAGCCCAUUACCUAAUUUUGAACUCACUUUUUUUAGGGAUUCCUAUCUUGCAUCACAGUCAUGAUACCUCAAAUCAUGUAAUUUGUUGAAGAGAGGUGUGCUAUUGCUUUUCUAAGUGAUCAGACUUGUGAUUUUCACCAGGCAGAUGAUAAAUAAAGUGUGUAAUCCCAUAAAUUUACACUGAAGGAGGGAUUUUUUUUGUAAUAAACCAACCAGAACACCUUAAGAACUACAUAGCAAAGCCCUGCCUACCCGAGAUGAUUUUUGCAUGGACCAAAAUCACUCACAACUCCUUUAUUAAAAAAAAAAAAAAGUUCUAGCCUCACAAUAAAUUGAAAUUAUUAAAUGAAAUGAUGUUGGUUUGCUUAUAGCCAGCUUUUCUCCCAGAGCAUGCUGGAAUAAUAUUAUUAGCAGUCAUAAGCUGUUGAAGACAUUUGAAGGCUUUGUACAGAGGAGACGUAAUUUCAUCACAGAUUUGGUGGUUUUGUUUUUAUUAGAUCCCCCGUGUCACUGAAAGCUGCAGAUUGAAUCUCCCAGCAUUGU